AUGAGCUCAUCUGCUCCAACAAAGGUAGAGCGCCGGAAGCUCCGGAGAGGCACAACAAGCUGCUGGGAAUGCAAGCGGCGGAAAACCCGCUGCCAUUUUGAGCAGAGCAACUCAAGCGCCUGCGUGUCUUGCAAGCGUCGUGGAUGCAAAUGUGUGCUCCAGCAUUUCGACGAGCAGUUCUCGGCUACGGACACAGCGGAUCAGCCGAUUCGAAAUCGAGAUGUUGGUGAGCAGAUGAAUCACCUCGAGGGGUUGGUUGAACGACUCGUACGCCAGUCAACCACCACCAGUACCUCGAUUCGUGAUCCUGACCCCCUCUUACAAGAGCAAAAUCCUUCUCAUGAUACACAAAGCCAUACAUCCACCAACGACGCAGUAAGCAGAAAUGACUCAGCACGGCAAGUUCAGCAAGCGCAAAGUUCCUCCAGUCGUCCACGCAGACUCCUCCCGAAGCUGGACAAGGCACCAACAGGGAGCUCCGUUUCUUCACCAGACAGUCGCUCCAGAUCUUUGAACUCAUUAACACACAAGUAUCCCAAAGGAAUGUUGGCCAACACACCACUCCUCCCACCAGAUCCAAUCAGCGGCUCGCCUCGAUGCAAUUCGCUCACUUUAUUACUACAAUCCAUCCUCCCGUCCGUCAGCAUCACCACUCGCAUCAUGCACCACAACAAGCUGUUAAUGAUGUCCAUGCACGUGUUUCGAGGCCUGUCCACUGAUCCUUUCCGACCUACUCCUCGACAAGUGGCCCGACUAACAUCUCCAACACCAAAUCCUAAGCCAAUUGAACUAGCUCGCAGCCUCUUCCAGCUUGCAAUUUGUCUUCAGCAGUCAGACCGCACGUCUGAAAUCUCAGAAUUAUGUCUUAGUCGCUCCAAUAGUGAUGUUGCAAGUCAGUAUUUCGAGGCUGCUUCCCGCUACGUCACCUCACAGGACUCACUUGUCGUCUCCUUUGAAGGAAUAGAGACAUUGAUGCUGGAAGGGUUAUAUCACGUUUCCACAGGCCAGAUACGGCUUGCGUGGCUUGUGUUUCGCCGAGCACUGGGUAUUUGUCACCUAACAGGGUUACACAUACCACAGCGACGGCGGCAGAACAAGCAGUCCAAGGCUACCAAUUGCCAAACAUCAAUGUGCCUCGCGACUCUAUGGUUUCGGCUGAUAUUCAUGGAUCGUUAUCUGUCUUUGGUGCUCUGUCUUCCAAUAUCUGUUCGAGACGACAGUUUUAUGGAAGACUUGGUGCUGCAAGAACCUCAUGAGAAGCUCGAGCGCACCCAGGCCGUGCUUACAAGUCGUAUCGUAACUAGAAACGAACUAAUGCAACACGGGCGUCUGGCGGAUGGGUUCAUCUACGAUCAUUACAACGAGACCAAGGAUAUUGAUUACGAGUUGAAGCGGGCAGCGCAGUCCCUGCCGGCGGACUGGUGGGCUUUUCCACGGCUAAAGGAUGCGCAUACGAAUGCAGAGCUGAAAGACAUGACAGCCAAGGUUGUCCUUCAGUUGCAUCACUAUAAUCUUGUCUUGUUGCUUCAUCUACCAUAUGUUUUGCCACGGAUUGGAGAUUGUCUUGCCGAUGAUAUGAUGCCAGAUUACACAAAUUCUAAAAUCUCCGCCAUGUUUGCGAGCCGCGAACUACUCACCCGAGCCAUCAUUCCGAUCGGCCCUAAUCGCGUGUCCUCUUCGACCCGCGGAAAUACUCUUAAAAUCGUUCUAUCUGCUUUGGCCCUUUUGCUAUCCCACUUGGAUAGCCAUCGCCUAGGUCGCGAAAAUGCCAUUGGUCAUCAACGCCCAGGCGAUUUGGUAAUGAUUGAGCGAGCCAUCAAGUGUUUGGAAACCGUGUCUUUGAAAUACGAUGACGUGCUGUGUUCCUCUGCAGCACAAUCAUUGAAGAGACUAAGCGCCCUUGAGUCGUCUGCUGCAGAUGGAAUUGGCUAUAGAGCAUGGAGUGAGCCCAGUGAGGCGAUGCAAUUGGAGUGCAUCGUUCGAGAGGAAGCGGGUAACGUCGAAAUGCUGUUCCCAUACGCGGGAACCAUUCAUAUUCUGCGACAGGACUCUCAAAACGCUGCAUCGACAAACAAUAUCGAAACUCACGUAGCAGAGACAAGAAACCCAGAUGGUGGCAUUCUGACUCCGUCUUGGGCAUGGAGCGAUUCUCCACUGUCUUUGCUGCCUGACCUUGCCUCUACUGCCUCUAGCAGCGACGAUGCACAGGAUGCAUUGCAAAAUACAUGGGGCCUCCAAAGCGGUGAUCUCGAAUGCAUCGAGGGACUCCAAGCGCCACAGCCAUUUUUACAGGACUUGGACUUUACGGAUGGGAUUUGA